AGGGCCGCCCACGUGACGCGCAGGUGAGCGGAGGAUUUUGCAGGUGAAACAGCGGGUGGCCGAAGCGGCUCCUGGUUCCCCUCGCUCUGUCCCCGGCGGCCGCCGACAUGGACCGUCUGCUGAGCCGGCUGCGAGGGCCGGAGCUGGUGGCUCACUUUCAGUGGCGCUGCGGGCUCCGUCCGCUCCCGGGAGCCGAGCUGGCGGGGCGACGCCUCCCUGAAACUGGCGAACGGACAACACGAGUCUCCGCAGCCGGCUCCUGGAGGGAACAGGGCAGAACCGAAAGCAACGGCGCGCUGAGCGGCACUGUGAUUCCUCUGAAGAAAUACAAGAUUGAGAAUUAUUUCCUCUACUACCUCUUCCUGUUUGCUGCUACAUUGGGCCAGGAGGUUUUUUACAUCACCUUCCUUCCCUUCUGCUACUGGAAUAUUGACCCACAUGUUGCUCGGAGAGUGAUCAAUGUUUGGGCAGUUGUGAUGUACAUUGGGCAGGCUUCAAAAGAUGUCUUAAGAUGGCCGAGACCCCCAUCACCUCCAGUAAUCAAGCUUGAGGUGCGGGUGGACGCAGAGUAUGGCAUGCCUUCCACUCAUGCCAUGGCGGCCACUGCCAUUCCCUUCACCUUCCUCUUGGCCACAAUGAACAGGUACAAGUACCCGUUCCCGUUUGAGCUGGGUUUGCUGAUUGCGGUAACCAUUUGUACCUUGGUCUCCCUCAGCCGUAUUUAUACAGGAAUGCAUACAGUUUUGGAUGUGCUCUGUGGAAUUGCAAUCACUGCUGUGCUGGUAACUGUUUCCUACCCAUUCUGGGAUGCCAUUGAGACUUUCCAGAUGAAGAAUCACUUUGCUCCUGUAUUAGCAUUGACACUGUCCUUCCUGCUAUCUAUAAACUAUCCUGAGCUGGACCACUGGAGCACAGCAAGAGGUGACACCACUAAUAUAGCUAGUGCAGGUGGAGGAGCUGCCUUGGCCACUUGGAUUAAUUAUCAGUGGGGGCUUAUCCCAGAGCCCUUGUCAACUCCGCCCUAUGAGAUGCCUUCAGUGACACCUGAACUCCUCGGCAGGAUGGUUGCCCGAUUUACCAUUGGCAUUGUGAUUGUGUUUUUUGCACGGCAGGCUAUAAAAUCACUGGCCUUGGCCUUCGUUUGCAGACUGGCAGGAGUCUCCCCCAGUGACCAGGAAGCUCGGAAGAUGCUUUGGGUGGAAGUCCCCUACAAGUACAUUACGUAUAGUUGCCUUGGAGUUGUUGGACUUGCUUUGUGCCCAGCAGUGCAUAGAUAUUUAUCACUUUGAUCAGGUUACUGAUAUACUUUGCUGCAUGCUGGGAAGCUGUAAGAGCUGCUGGUGCAUGUAGUACUAAAGGCUGCACCAAUUUGUCUUUUGGACUUUGGAUUCAGCCUGAGUUUAGUCAGAGAUCUGAGGGAUAGCAGUCCAAAGCUCGAUAGUCACUCAACCGACUGAGUUACAAAUUCUGUGGCAGAGGAUUGACAUUCCUGUCUUGUUAUGACCCUGUUUGUUGCUUUGCAGAUGUUUGUAUUUGGGAUUUUUGUUUUACACUGCCUUUCAGCGGGUAGGCAGACAGGUUGGAGUAUAGGAACAAUUGAAUCAUCUCCAUGCCUUACGGCUCUUUCAAAGAUGACAACCCAUUCCCACCCAAAUCAGGCUUGGAAUCAGUUUGUUUGCUUGCAGUAUCUUCAGUGGAGGUUCUAUCACGGGCCAGCUGAUGAGCUGAAUAGUAUUGCUGAUAUUGUUCUGGCUGCUGCGUUCGCUGGGGGUCAUUAUGCAAGGGCUUGUCUCCAGUGUACUCCUGGCCAAAGGCUAGUCACUGGGAAGGUUUGGGAGGUUGCCCUGGCCUUGCUCUACACAGUUGCGCAUGGCCCAUUCAAGUUGAGGUUAGACAGUAAAAUUAAAUAAAAAGCUUUGUUUUUCAGAGUUCCAACCACUUUUCUGAUCUAAGCUCAACCAAUGAGGACUAAAUUAAUUCACCAAGCCCAUACUACUCAAUAGACUGAGCAUAUAGAGCUACAAAGAUAGAUGUGUGAGCCGCUCUCCACGUGUAAACAGGGCCCAGUCUGUGAUCAUGCAAGAUGUUGAGUAUGUUCACGUGUUUCUGUAGAUUGGAUCUUGACUGAGCCAGCAAUGUUGGAACUUCAGGCAGAGGAAGUUGCUGCACACAGACAGACACACCUCCUUGGUAUUAAUUAGGUUGCGGGCAGGUUCCAGCUCUAUCAAAGGCAGUAAGAAACACCUUGGAUUUGUGCAGGCCUGUUGCUGUUGAGCCUGCCUUGCACUCUGGGGGCACUCAGUAGGAGUCUUCGAGUCCACAGUGAAUUUCUGCAAAAGUGUCCAACGUGAUUAAAUACAAAAAGGAAAUGCUGGAACUACUCAUCUGGUCAGGAUAUUUUAACUCUUAGAAAACUGGGGUAAAGGGCUUGAGUGAUAGUGUGCUUAGUGACAAAACCUCGCAACUAAAUCAUAAGAAAACUGAGGCGUUCAGUUCUGUCUCGGUUACUUUGCACUACAGAGUUCAUAAGGGUGAAGAUUUUACAGAGCAGGAAUAUUCACACAUUCCACACAUGAGCCAUUAUGUUAAGAUGAUCUCUUGUAAUCUCAUUUUUUUUGUGCCCUGGUGUGAAUGGUAAAUGCAGAACACACCUAGACUGUUAUAAUCCGAGUUAGGCCGUUAAAGGAUUCAAACUCUGCUUUAAAGGUAGAGUAACCAAAAUGCCUCAUUGUUCAGUGUACAGCCAGCUUUACCUAUGUACCUCAAAAUGUGAGGAUGUUCCCUCAUGCUGUAUAUUUUAAAUAUAAUUACAAUAUGGAAUUCAAACCAGUUCCAGUUAAUGCCUAUUGCACACGCCCAAUUUCCUUCAAACUUGCUCCCUUCAGUCUCAUUGUAGGGAAACCUGAUGGACUAACCUCCGCCCCUUCAGACAGAUUGCAUGGGUUUGGAAAUGAAUUAACCCUUUCCUAUCUGUGUCACUUGUUUGAAACUACUGAACUAAAUCUAUUCCCUUGUAUACCUGUUAUACGGAAUCCCACUGAAUUAAUUGCUUCCCAUUCUCUCUAACUCUAACCCAUUUUAGACUCGCAUUCUCAAAUAUCUUUCCCUACUCCUUCCAACUUGUAGAAAUGCUGUGUUUCGGAUUGAACCUAGUUAUUAUAAAGACUGGAUUUACUGAUUGUUUCCUGGCUUGGUUAAAUUAAUGAAGAAAAGGCUUUGUGAUUUUUUUUUACUGUUAUUUUGUUGCAGAAUCAGCAAUGUAUAAAAUUUGUAAAGAACGUUGUAGUUACUUUGUGUGCUUUCAACUUUUAGAACUUGUCUAAAUGAUGUAUGUUGUUAUCUUUUUGUACCUUCAGUUUGGCUGCACUUGGUCCAUUAGGGGUAUUUUCACUGGCUAUGAUUAUACCUGUUUGUAGGGCAAAAUAAGAGGGAGGAGGAAGAAUUGUUUUCUCCCCAAAUGUCUGACAUUUCAGUCUAGGGCACUCCCUCAAGCCCGCCUAGUAUAAAUUAUGUGGAUUCUAUCAUUGCCCAUGGUGCAGUAUCACAUCUAGUUGAACCGAAUGCCAUUUGACCUGUUCCCUGCCCUUGCUGUAAUGCACUGAUCUCAGGCCAUGUGUGUCAGUGAUUUUUCUGAGCUAGAGUUCCUUGUUGAAAGCUGGCAUUGUCAGUCUGAUGGUUCCUCUACUCCAUUUCAGUACGUUAUUGAAAAACAAACUUCUUUGCAUUCUUGAAUCAAAUAUUUCCAGGUCAGGUACUGUACAGAUUAGGAACGGACUAAAGCAACCUCUUCACUUCCUGUUGAGCACACUUGGGAAGGAGCACCAUAUGAUAAUAUUAACAACCCCCUAUCCCCACCAGAUGGACAGGUAUAAAUCACUUUCAAUAGUAUAAGAUUGAUUUCCCAAAAGUGGCAAAGUUGCUGGAGUGAGAGACGAUUAAACAUUUUGACACACCA